AUGAAGCCAUCGGAUCUGUUGUUGGUGCUAGAGAAGGUCAAGUUCAGGGUGCCACUGCCGCCUGGCGUUAGCUCGACAACGCUCCUGCCGAAGCUCAUACGCACCAAGGAUGUGAGGCAGCUGCAGGACGGCAAUGCACAGCCACAGAAGCCCAAGCUGACGAAAUGUCUCAACACCUUGGACCUAACCUCGCUGGGCAUUGGCUCUUGCUGUGGCACUGGCAUGUAUCUGGUUGCCGGCAUGGUGGCCCAGAAGAUAGCCGGACCCGGUGUGAUUAUUAGUUUUAUUAUAGCCGCCAUAGCGAGUAUUUUCUCAGGCGCUUGCUAUGCGGAAUUUGGCGUUCGUGUGCCACACACAUCCGGCUCGGCCUAUAUGUAUUCAUAUGUGGCAGUUGGUGAAUUUGUAGCUUUUAUAAUUGGUUGGAACAUGAUAUUGGAAUAUCUAAUAGGAACAAGUGCCUGUGCCUGUGCUUUAAGUUCUAGCUUCGAUUCCCUGACUGGCAAUGCCAUUGCGCGCACGAUAAGCGAGUCCAUUGGCACGAUAUUCGGCAAACCACCGGACUUUAUAGCCUUUGGCAUAACGCUACUCAUGACCUGCGUAUUGGCGAUGGGCGCCAGCAAGUCGGUCAUUUUUAACCAUUCACUAAAUGCUGUCAAUCUGGCCACGUGGGUAUUUGUCAUGGCUGCCGGCCUCUUCUAUGUGGACACCAAGACGUGGUCGGAGCAUCAGGGUUUCCUGCCCUAUGGCUGGAGUGGUGUAUUUUCCGGUGCCGCCACAUGUUUCUAUGCAUUUAUCGGAUUCGACAUAAUUGCAACGACCGGUGAGGAGGCGCACAAUCCACAAAAGAGCAUACCGAAGGCAAUUGUUGGCUCUCUGGUUGUCGUCUUGAUUGCCUAUGUCAGCGUCAGUUUAGUUCUUACCUUAGUGGUGCCCUACGAUCACAUCAAUACGGGUGCGGCUCUGGUGCAGAUGUGGUCGUAUGUAAAUGCACCAAAGUGUCGCGCUGUGGUGGCGAUUGGUGCCACGGCUGGCCUCUCCGUGGCAAUGUUUGGCUCAAUGUUUCCGAUGCCGCGCGUCAUCUAUGCCAUGGCCCAGGAUGGUCUGAUUUUCAGGCAACUUUCGCAGCUGUGGCAGCGCACCAAUGUGCCCGGUCUGGCCACCAUUGGCAGUGGACUGGCUGCAGCCUUGGUCGCGCUCACCAUACGCCUGGAGAUACUCGUUGAGAUGAUGUCCAUCGGCACACUGCUGGCCUAUACCCUGGUAUCGACUUGUGUGCUGGUGCUGCGCUAUCAGCCGCACAGCACUUCGCUGGUGGAACUGUUGCCGGCACAGCUGCGCACUCCGGUUGCACCGGGCACGGCCAGUGAUUCCCAUGCAACGCCUGCGGAGGUGCUCGAGGUGCCCAAUAAGCUGACCAUCAAGCGGGUGACACGCGGCAUGUCCGACUCGGAUGACUCCUUCAUCGAUGACAGUCCCGAGGGCUAUAUGGGCGGCCGAGAUGAUCAGUUUCUGGUGUCCGACCGCUCCGAGAACAAGUUCUAUGGCAGCGUGCAUGGUGCACCCACUGGCCCCACCGGCCAGGCCACCGCCUUCGAUACAAUGGGAUUGAAUUUUAUCACACGAAAGAUUCACGAUUAUGCGUACCUGUGCCCCGGCUUCUUUCCCUGGAUAAAUCCCGGUCAGGCCACCACCGAUAGUGGCAUGUAUGUCACGAAACUAGUUGGAAUCAUGUUCGGUCUCAUAUUCUUCUUGGAUUUAUUCGCGGCGAUUGGAUGGUCCGGUGGCCUGGCCGCCUUCAUUUAUUUCAUUUUAUUUAUCGGCAUAUUUGUGAUAUUAUUGAUUAUAUCGAGGCAACCGCAGAAUAGAUAUGCUUUGGCUUUUCUGACGCCGGGACUACCCUUUAUACCAGCCAUAGCCAUCACAGUGAACAUCUACCUGAUAUUCAAGCUGAGCAUCCUCACCCUGGUCCGUUUCACCGUCUGGAUGUCCCUUGGCCUUAUCAUGUACUUUUACUACGGCAUUACACACAGCAGCCUGGAGCAGACCAGCGAUGAUCUCGAGCUGCAUGUGGACAAGGACUAUAGCAAAAACGUUGAGGAGAAAGCCGUCUGGGAUCAGCAAUCGUAUAAUCAAACCCACGAGCCUGUUUGGGCCAGCAAGGAGGUGAAGCAGCCAUCGAAGCAACGCUAUAACUACGGAAAAUCUUCGUCCUCGUCUAAUCAGAGCAGCUCCAAAAAUGCCCAAAGCAAUGCGGCGGGAAAGCCUCCAGGCCGCAGCUCGACGGGCACACGGCCAGUGGCGCCAUCGCCUCACACAUCCGCUGGACAGGCGAAGCCGCAGGGAACGGGAACGGGAACGGGCGGUGGAACGGGUGGACCGCCCAUGGAGCGUCAAUAUACCGGACAGUUCAGCAUGUUUGUGGACGAGGGCCAGUUCCCGUCGUGGGAAGACUAAACUGAAUGGGGGAAUGCCCCUAA